UGUGCACUUGUUUCGCUGAGAAUACGAACAUAAAAACUAAACAGCUGAAAUGGAUUCAAACCAGUGCAUCCUGUAUUGAGCCUGUCUCUUAUUUGAUCUUCAGCUUUGAUUAAGCCAUACGCUCACCUGUAGUAUGGCUGUUUCUGACGUGCUGUUUGUCCAGGCAUAAGUUUUGUCUACGUGGGCACAGUCUCCAGACUACAUUGUCUUCUCCACAGCGUCCCACUCACUUCCGGCCAGGAUGGAAGAAACUGAUGGAAACAGAUACAGGACUUUGACAGACGAAAAUUUUCCCCCACCACCAAACGCUGAUACCAUCAACAUUGACGAUGCCCGUUACAGUGCAUUGAGGGAAGAUUUAGAGAAAGACGUUCAGGAUUUUGAGGCACAAACCUGGAGUUUAGCUGUUGACCAGCACUUUUUAAAACCAUAUUCCAAGGAUGCCAUCAAGAGACAAGAUGUGAUACAUGAACUGGUUCAGACGGAGAUAAACCAUGUGCGGGCCUUGAAGAUAAUGUUGAGAGUGUACAUGCACGAGACGCGGGAAUGUAUGCAAAUGGACGAGGCCAGACUGGAGCGUCUCUUCCCUCAGUUGGAAACACUGCUCCAGGUUCACCAGGACUUCCUCAACCAGCUCAAACAGCGGCGAAUAGAAUCCAUGGAACCAGGCAGUGACCGCAACUACUACAUCCAGAGGGUGGGAGACAUCUUAAUCUCACAGUUCUCAGGAGAGAAGAGAGACAAAUUGCGAGACAGCUAUGGAAUUUUCUGCAGUCACCAUGUUGAGGCAGUGAACCUCUACAAGGAUCUGUUUCAGAACAACCGAAAGUUUCAAAAUCUGAUGAAGAAAAUUGGGCAGUUGUCCGUCGUGAGAAGAUUAGGGGUGUCAGAAGGUGUUCUCCUCAUAACCCAACGUAUAACGAAAUAUCCUGUCCUGGUGGAACGGAUUCUUCGCAAUUCCGAACAAAACACAGAGGAGUAUGAGGACCUAACCCGUGCCUUGGAGCUUAUCAAAGAGACAAUUACUCAGGUGGAUAAACUGGUGGAUGAGUAUGAAAAGGCAGCCAGGCUGAGAGACAUAAGUAAUAAAAUGGAGCCCAAGUCCCAGGCCAAGGUGACCAGUGGCCGAAUAUUACACCGAGAGGACAUGAUAAAGAAAGGCCGUAAGCUUAUGUAUGAGGGCACGCUCAACAUUAAAAUGCCCUCUGGAAAACUGAAAGAAGUCCUUGUGCUGUUGUUGUCGGACGUGCUGGUAUUUUUACAGGAGAAAGAUCAAAAAGUUGCUUUUGCUUCGCUGGAGGCCAAAUCUCCAGUGAUUUCUCUGCCAAAGCUGAUAGUCAGGGAGGUGGCUCACGAUGAGAUGGCAAUGUUUCUUAUCUACGCCUCCACCAAAGCCCAGAUGUACGAGCUCUACACCGGCUCCAAAGAGGAGCGCGACAGGUGGAGGGAGCGCAUUUGGGAGGUCAUGGAGAGUUGUCCAGCUGAGGAAGAGGAGGGCGACGAUGAACAGGACGAUGAGCCCGAAGAUACUUUGUUAGAAAAGAUCAGGAAUUAUCAAGAGCGACUGUACUUUCAGGAUGCCCAGAUUGUACAGCACCUUACAGAGAAGCUCGGCCUGUUCGCUGAGCUCAUGAAGAAUGUCACAGGCACAGAGAUCACGCCACCUCAGGCUCGUCUGCUGUUGCACAACAGUUCCUCUGACCUCCAGCAGGGGGAGCAGCUGCUUAGUAGGGCCAUAUCUGAUGUGGAGGGCUUACAGCACUCUCUGCUGGCACUUGGGAUAAAGCCAAGUGACUCUUCAGUGGAAAGUGCUGGUCCAGGGGCCCAACCGAGAAGAGCUGACACGUUUGGCGGCUUUGACCGUAGCCCACUCCUCACCUCCAGAAACGGUGGCGUUCAUUUGGAGGACCGGCUCAGAGACUUGAACCAGCGUCCCAGCUCAGAGCCCCAGUCAAAGGACCUGGAUUUCACAGAGAGUAUAGAGCUAUCGGCUGAUGAUGAUGUAGCAGUGCCCCCUGACUGGAAUCGUAAUGACAUAGAAGCCACCCUCAACACAAAGUUUUUUGACAGAGUUCUGAAACUGUCACAGACACUUUACAGCCUUCAGGCUAUCAUCUCACAGUACAACAGCUUCACUGGGAUACAGAAAGCCAAUCUGACCGAGCGACCCGGCCGGCAGCGGGCCAACAUGUUACUGGAGCAAGAGAAACAGCGUAACCUGAAGAAGCAGCGUGAAGAGAUCGCCCUGUUCCACCGUCAACGGAGCCAACACCAGCAGGAGCAGGCACGCUGGGAGCGGGAGAGGGAGCAGCACAGGCUGCAGACCCUAGACAAGGAGACGCAGCUGCAGGAGCGCGAGGAGGAGUGUCGCAGGCUGGAGGCACAGCUGGCCAAGGAGCGCGAGGAGCUGGCCCGUAACAGGGAGGACUACCAGCAGGACCUGGAACGGCUGCGGGAGUCCACGCGCGCUGUGGAGAAGGAGAAGGAGCGUCUGGAGCAGCAGCAGCAGAAAUUCAAGAAGAACAAGACCAUCGCCAAUCCAGGGGUCUUCGCCCGAGAGAAUGCAGAGGCACUGUCCCAGUACGCUCCUAAUGACUGGGCUCUGAUCAGCAGUUCAGGAGGAGACCUGCUCAUCAACCCUAAGGUCCACGUUCGUCCCAGUCUGUCUCAAGCCACCGCUGGUUUUAAGGAGAAGCCCCCAGAGGUCCCGGUCCGGCGUGAGAGCAUGAUUGCUCCACCCAAAACUGAAGUUCCCAUCCACCUCAUCAGCACCACCAACCAGGCCAGCAAGCUUAGUGCCGUCCAACAGAAGAUACCCACCAAACUGGCCGCCACCAAGGGCAAAGAAAAGAGCAGCAAGAGAAAGGGCUCCCACCAGCGCACCAAUAGUGCAGCGUCAAUUGAGGUGUCACAACUGAUACCCAUCAAAGUCACAGGAAAAGAAGGUGGUAGUCUGAGGUCAGAGAGGUCGAGGGAUAACCGACUCCAUCCUGAUUUAUUUGCCCAUCCAGAGAGGAGCUCUGUGAGGUCCUCUCACUCAGAAAACACUAUUAGGAGGUCCAGUCAGGGAUCGCCGCAUUACAUUCCAACACCCACUAAAGUGAAGGAUAAGUCUUCCAAAGAAGACAUUAUAUUCUUUUGAUCUGCCAGGACCUGCCGUAUCCUUGAAUGUCCAAAUAAGAACCUCAGUGACUGCUCCAAACUGGAAUUUUCCUGACUGUCAAACACUGUCUUAA